AUGGAGAAGAACAGGUUGAGCAGAGACAGGGUGGAUGCCAGUUAGGCCCCCUCCGGCGUUCACAGCAGGACAGAGUGAGUGUGGGCCGGCCCCACAGGGGGAGAAGAUUGGGUUUGGCAAACAGGAAGUACACUGUGUGAUAUUUAAUCCUUUCAAAAUGACAACCACCCUACCAGUGACAAAAUGGUGAACAGAAAAUAAACACACUGAUACCAUACCACAGGGGGUGUGUGUGCAAAUUGGUAACUAGACAAUACAAGCACAGAGAGAGAUUCCAGUCCGAGUCCAAUGGUGAACUGAUGAAAUAAUGGUGAACUGAUGAAAUAAUGGUGGACUGAUGAAAUAAUGGUGGACUGAUGAAAUAAUGGUGGACUCGUGGGAUGAAACAAGAUACACACAAACAGGGCAAAUGAUCAAACACCUUCCCCUUUGUGUGUGUCUGUGUGUGUGUGUGUAUGGUACAUGUGUGUACAUGCUUGUGAGUGUGUGCUACUGGGACAGCAGUGUGUGUGUGUGUGUGUGUGUGUGUGUGUGUGUGUGUGUGUGUGUGUGUGUGUGUGUGUGUGUGUGUGUGUCAUAGGGUUAAGUUUAGGUACUCAUUCUGAGGGGUUAGGGCUAUGGGUUGGGUAAGGCUUAAAUCUAAAUCAUUAAAAACAAUGCACUGUUUCCAUCAAGUAUCAUCAAAGUACUCUCCCUGCUUGCUAGAGCAUUAUGAACUGCCAUGGCGUAGUGGUCUAAGCAGCAUGCUCUGGCUCUGAUCCCCAUGAGUUGGUGCCCAGUACUGUGCCAUGUAUCGACGUCCUCAGAACCUUUUCAAACGACAGAAGGUAACUGGGCUAGGGGUAGGCAUAGCAGCAAGAUGGCUGCAUCACAUCACAGGUUAACCUCCCUCCCCCCUCUUUCUCUCCCUCUCUCCCUCCCCACUCUGCCCUACCCUCCACCCCCCCAUCCCCCUUCCCAUCCCUUCAGGUUGAGGUGGACUACCUGAAGCGGUUGUUUGAGAGUAGACCAUAGCGUUCAGGAGGAGCAGCUGUAAGGAGCUGCGACCCAUCACCGAACUCAAUGGAGUCUCCUCCCUCUGCUGCCUCUACGACUCACUGGUCACGCCCGACAAUGGGGUACGUACCAUGGCAACCAAUCCCUUUCUCUCUCUCUCCCUCCAGGUGAACCCCUCUGACUGUGACCACUACGGUCGUAUGGUUGAGUUGUGCUUCAUCUUCAGUCUCAUCUGGUCCAUCUGUGCCUCAGUCAACGAGGACGGUCGUAAGAAGAUGAACAAGGUGGGGCACGGAGACACACAUAUGCAUGAGCGUACACACACACUCACGCACAAUGCAUAUACAGUACACACAUAAACACACUCACAGUUUUAUAGGGUUGCUGUUUAUUCAGUAUUUAUGCUCAAACACAUUUGAAAGACACUCUUUUAAUACGGAGCGGAUUUUUGUACACUUCAUUACAGUAUUAAUUUCCUUCGUUUAUGGGAUUAUAUUACCAUAUUUUGACUGUAUUUAUGCAAAGACAUUGAACUGUGUCACUGACCUCUUCUCUUAUAGUUGUCCCUUCCAGGACACCAUAUAUCAGUACUAUGUGGACACUAAUAACAAGAGCUAUGUGGACAAGCUGCCAAGGGCUGGCGCUACUCCGCCAAGUGAGUGUGUGUGUGGGUGUGUGGGUGUGUGUGUGUGUGUGUUAGAGCGUCCCUGUUUGUGGAUGUGUGUGUCCGUUCAUGUCUGUGUGUGUGUGUGUGUGUGUGUGUGUGUGUGUGUGUGUGUGUGUGUGUGUGUGUGUGUGUGUGUGUGUGUGUGUGUGUGUGUGUGUGUGUGUGUGUGUGUGUGUGUCCGUUCAUGUCUGUGUGCGUGUGUGUGUGGUGUGUGUGUGUGUGUGUGUGUGUGUGUGUGUGUGUGUGUGUGUGUGUGUGUGUGUGUGGUAUAAUAAAGUGAUAUCUUCAACUGAUAAUGACAUUUUUCUUCCGUUCAUUAUUUACUGCUGUCACAUACAUAUUUUCUCCCUCAUUCAUAUCUCAUUCCCUCCUAUCUCUCCCUCCCUUUCUCCCUCCCUCCCACCCCCUCCAUCCCUCUCCCUCCUCUCUCCAUCUUACUCUCUCCCUCCAUCCCUCCCCCCCUCCCUCCCUCCCUCCCUCCCUCCCCCAGUGCUCUAUUUUAUAAGCUCAUGGUGCCCUGGGUGGACACGGUGCAUUAUAACUUCCUGGUGCGGGUGCUGGUAACCGGGCAGUACCCGGUGUUGAUGACAGGUCCAGUGGGAAGACCUCUGUGGCACAGAGCGUACUGCAGGGGCUGGACUCCUCCAAGUGGGCGGUCCUCACCGUCAACAUGUCCUCACAGGUGGGACAGACAACCUCUAAAUGACCUACCUGGAACCUACUAGUAACUUCCCAUCAACCUACCUGGAACUUUACAACAACCUCUUAACAACCUUCCACUUUGACCACAGUCUCACAACCACAGUACUAGUUAUGUGUUACACUCUUAAUGCCAACAAGAACAUUGUCCAUGAUGAAGAGUAUUCUUCAGAGUAUGUGGUCCUCUGUAGCUCAGUUGGUAGAGCAUGGCACUUGCAACCCCAGGAUAGUGGGUUCGAUUCCUGGAACCACCUAUACGAAAAUGUAUGUAAGCACGACUGUAAGUCGCUUUGGAUAAAAGCAUGUGAUGAAUGGCAUAUAUUAUAAUAUUUGUAUUAAUUAUGUGUGGCAACAUGGGCAUACAGAAGUAAGUUUGAUUCAACAUUAGACUAUUCAUGUGAGGCUUAGAUAUUGGAAAGCCAUAAUCUACUGCUAAAAAUACUUUGGGACCAGCCGCCACAGCGGGAGUAGGGGGUAAUAAAGUAUGAUUAAGGUGAGUGCAGGUGUGUGUGUGUGUGUUAGACCAGGUUGAAUAGCCUCCAUCUCAGCUCAGGUUCCUACAAUUUCAGAGUACACGGCUCUCACUCACAAGGCGCCGCAAUUAGCUGAGUCACGUACCUCGGGCCGCUCGGCUCACCACCCACCAGCCCUGAUGCGCGCACACACACACACACACACACACACACACACACACACACACACACACACACACACACACAGACACACAGACAUACACACACACCCCUGAACAGUCAUUACAUUACAGGAGCCUGGCUGGGUGAUGGAAGUACUUAUAACAGCAGCGCCAUCAUCAUCACCCCCAUCAUCAUCAUUAACAUCACCUGAAUAACUUAGAGAGAGAGAGAGAGAGAGAGAGAGAGAGCUAGAGAGAGGGUGGGAGAGAAACAUUUGGAGAGAGAGUAGCCAUCAACUCUCUUUCUGUCUGUCUGUUGAUCCAUCCAUCUAUCGUUCACUCCAUCAACCCCUCCUCUUUUUCCCAGAAGGGCCCAGAGAGAGGGUUGAGGGUAAGGAAAGACACUGAGUGGUAGCAGAGUGAACGGAAUGGACAAAGUGUGCCACAGAAUGGGCAAUGGGAGAAAAGAGCGAACCGGAGAGAUCUGUGAAAGGAGAAUGGAGGGACAAGGUAGCUUCCACUUGAGGUCAGAAGCAAAGAAGAGAUGUAUUCAGUCUAUGUGAGUACAUAAAACUGACAUACGUAUGAGUGUGUGAUCGUGUGACUCACGGGAGAGAGUGACACAGCUCAACACCACUCAGAGUGAAGACUCGCAAGGUCUGAAUCAGUGUGCAGAGAGAGAGAGAGGAAGAGAGAAAGAAUGAGAGAAAGAGAGGAGGAGAGAAGAGAAAGAGAGAGAUAAUGGAGAAGAACAGGUUGAGCAGGGACAGGGUGGAUGCCAGUUAGGCCCCUCCGGCGUUCACAGCGGAAGAGUGAGUGUGGGCCGGCCCACAGGGGGAGAAGAUUGGGUUUGGCAAACAGGAAGUACACUGUGUGAUAUUUAAUCCUUUCAAAAUGACAACCACCCUACCAGUGAACAAAUGGGAACAGAAAAUAAACACACUGUACCAUACCACAGGGGGUGUUGUGUGCAAUUGGUAACUAGACAAUACAAGCACAGAGAGAGGAUUCCAGUCCGAGUCCAAUGGUGAACUGAGUGAAAUAAUGGUGAACUGAUGAAUAAUGGUGGACUGAUGAAAUAAUGGUGGAGAUGAAAUAAUGGUGGACUCGUGGGAUGAAACAAGAUACACACAAACAGGGCAAAUGAUCAAACACCUUCCCCUUUGUGUGUGUCUGUGUGUGGUGUGUGUAUGGUACAUGUGUGUACAUGCUUGUGAGUGUGUGCUACUGGGACAGCAGUGUGUGUGGUGGUGUGUGUGUGUGUGGUGUGUGUGUGUGUGUGUGUGUGUGUGUGUGUGUGUGUGGUGUGUGUCAUAGGGUUAAGUUUAGGUACUCAUUCUGAGGGGUUAGGGCUAGGGUUGGGUAAGGCUUAAAUCUAAAUCAUUAAAAACAAUGCACUGUUUCCAUCAAGUAUCAUCAAAGUACUCUCCUGCUUGCUAGAGCAUUAUGAACUGCCAUGGCGUAGUGGUCUAAGCAGCAUGCUCUGGCUCUGAUCCCCAUGAGUGGUGCCCAGUACUGUGCCAUGUAUCGACGUCCUCAGAACCUUUUCAAACGACAGAAGGUAACUGGGCUAGGGGUAGGCAUAGCAGCAAGAUGGCUGCAUCACAUCACAGGUUAACCUCCCUCCCCCCUCUUUCUCCCUCUCUCCCUACCCACUCUGCCCUACCUCCCACCCCCCAUCCCCCUUCCCAUCCCUUCAGGUUGAGGUGGACUACCUGAAGCGGUUGUUUGAGAGUAGACAUAGCGUUCAGGAGGAGCAGCUGUAAGGAGCUGCGACCCAUCACCGAACUCAAUGGAGUCUCCUCCUCUGCUGCCUCUACGACUCACUGGUCAGCCCGACAAUGGGGUACGUACCAUGGCAACCAAUCCCUUUCUCUCUCUCUCCCUCCAGGUGAACCCUCUGACUGUGACCACUACGGUCGUAUGGUUGAGUUGUGCUUCAUCUUCAGUCUCAUCUGGUCCAUCUGUGCCUCAGUCAACGAGGACGGUCGUAAGAAGAUGAACAAGGUGGGGCACGGAGACACACAUAUGCAUGAGCGUACACACACACUCACGCACAAAUGCAUAUACAGUACACACAUAAACACACUCACAGUUUUAUAGGGUUGCUGUUUAUUCAGUAUUUAUGCUCAAACACAUUUGAAAGACACUCUUUUAAUAAGGAGCGGAUUUUGUACACUUCAUACAGAUAAUUUCCUUCGUUUAUGGGAUAUAUUACCAUAUUUUGACUGUAUUUAUGCACAGACAUUGAACUGUGUCACUGACCUCUUCUCUUAUAGUGUCCCUUCCAGGCACCAUAUAUCAGUACUAUGUGGACACUAAUAACAAGAGCUAUGUGGACAAGCUGCAAGGGCUGGCGCUACUCCGCAAAGUGAGUGUGGUGGGGUGGUGUGUGGGGUGUGUGGUGUGUUAGAGAGUACUGUUUGUGGAUGUGUGUGUACGUUCAUGUUGUGUGGUGUGUGUGUGUGUGGGUGUGUGUGUGGGGUGGAGUGUGUGUGUGUGUGUGUGUGUGGUGGUGUGUGUGUGUGGGUGUGGGUGUGUGUGGUGUGUGUAGUGUCCGUUCAUGUCUGUGUGAGGUGUGUGUGUGGUGUGUGUGUGUGUGUGUGUGGUGUGUGUGGUGUGUGUGUGGUGUGUGUGUGUGGUGGUAUAAUAAAGUGAUAUCUUCAACUGAUAAUGACAUUUUUCUCGGUUCAUUAUUACUGCUGUCACAUACAGGUUUUCUCCUCAUUCAUAUAUCAUUCCCUCCUAUCUCUCCCUCCCUUUCUCCCUCCACCUCCCACGCACCCUCCAUCCCUUCCCUCUAUCCAUCGUACUCUCCCUCACAUCCCUCCCCUCCCCCUCCCUCCCUCCUCCCUCCCUCCCCAGUGCUCUAUUUAUAAGCUCAUGGUGCCCUGGGUGGACACGGUGCAUUAUAACUUCCUGGUGCGGGUGCUGGUAACCGGGCAGUACCCGGUGAUUGAUGCAGGUCCAGUGGGAAGACCUCUGUGGCACAGAGCGUACUGCAGGGGCUGGACUCCUCCAAGUGGGCGGUCCUCACCGUCAACAUGUCCUCACAGGUGGGACAGACAACCUCUAAAGACCUACCUGGAACCUACUAGUAACUUCCCAUCAACCUACCUGGAACUUUACAACAACCUCUUAACAACCUUCCACUUUGACCACAGUCUCACAACCACAGUACUA